AUGAAGGCGAAGACUUGCGUCUCCCUCAUCCUUCUGCUCGGACUCUCCCUCUUUGUGGAUCUUACAAAGGCAGACGAUGACAUUGCUGUACCCAAUGAUUCUACUGGUACCACUACUGGUACUACUACCGGUACCGGUACUACUACUGAUCACAAAGCCGUGAUUGUUGAGGCACCCCAAGACGCCAUCUGGGAUCCAGACUCGGACGCUGACGCCAUCUAUGAUUCGGAGUCCGAUCUCCAUGUCCCGAACUAUUAUGAAGAAGGCCAAGACCAAGAUGAGCUUUAUGACGAACUUGAAGAGGAGUUUGAAACUGCCAAUGUUCCUUUCAGUGAUCAACAAGAUCUCGAGGAAGACACGGACAAGGAUGUUUUUGACUCUGCCUGGGCUGCCGCUACCGCGACGGACCCCAAGGCUGACCCUACUCUGACCCUUGGUAUUAAGAAAGACAUUAACCUGGAUUUGCAGUUGCAAGUCAACGACCUUGACCUCGACGACCUCGACCAAGACGAUGAGACGUCCAGCACAACCAAACAAGAUCAAAUCCAGCAUCGGAACAUGACAAACUCCAAUAUCAAGGAUCAAAGUGCCAAGGAAUCAUCAUCAGAGACGACGGUACCCGUGCCGUACAUUGGUUCCACCACCACCAACCACAAAAUGCCACCCAACUCCAUGAAUCCCAACGAAAUCAUCACAAUGGGCAGCACCGAUUCAUUUUCUGUUCCCACAAUGGAUUCCAAAGAGGAGACUGACGCCAAGAUCCCCCGUGAUGGCGACGACGCUGGCACCGAAGCUGACACUGAAUCGGACAUUGACACUGAAUCGGACACCCACGCUGCCACGGAGACGAACAACGAGACGAACACCGACACGGAGACGAACGCUGAGUCGGACACCGACACGAACCCCGACACCGACACUGACUCGGACAACGAGUCCACUUCCAACCACCCAGAACAAGAACAAGACAACGAAGAUGAAGAAGGCUUGUACAUCUACGAUCUCAGCAACACGACGGACGUUGAUUCCACAUUGGAAGCCAUGAAGCUCAGGGCGUCCACGGACAAGCAAUUCGACUCAGAUAAUGCCACAGAAUAUGGCAUUGAAGAAGAAGACUAUUACUACGACUAUUAUUACCAAGAAGAUGAUGCCGAAGAAGACACUGAUGACGAACAAGAAGACACCGAUGCCGUCACUGUCCGACGUCAUGGCCGAAGAUUGGAUAAAACCACCGACUGGUUGGUUGGAAACACUCGCAUGUAUGGACCAAGAGACACCACUCGACUCCCCAUUGGUUGGACUGCCGCCCAAAACUUUUGCAAGGCUCAAGGUGGAUCACUCGCUUCGAUAAAGGAAAUUUGCCCUCCAGAUGGGACGACGAACCGGAGGCCACUUUUCUCUUUACAACGUGGGGAUCAGUGGGCUCCCAUUUCCGAUCGCCUGAAUCAGUGGGUCAACGUUGGAAGCGGUGGCCGAUUUCCGCCGUGCUACAAACAUGGCGGUGCUGCUCCAGAGAUUACUGGACAAAACCGCGGCCAUGGGUGGGGCAACUUUGUUGUAUGUCGUCCCAAUUGGUACAAAUUUGGAAGCACCACCAUCAGGGACGUUGGCGCCGCUGAAGAUGGCACCAUCUGGGCGAUUGGAACUCAUGAUUAUGGUAAUGGUUGUUACAGCAUCCAUCGCAACACAGGCGGAGAUUCCUGGCAACACAUUGGUGGAUGUUCACACAGAGUUUCAGUUGGCAGCAGUGCUUACGUAAUCGUGCUGAGCCAUGCGGGACAUAUACAUCAAUGGACCGCCAAUGGAUGGGUGUUUAUACACAGCCCUCCAGCUCGAGCCAUCAGUAUCACCAAGGAUGGAACCAUCUGGAUGACAGAGCUCGUGUCGGGAUCUGCUCAUGGGACAGUCUGGCGCAAACGGCCAGGGGAUGCCAGUUUCUUCGUGUUUGGUGGCGGGGGUGGUCGCAUCUCUGGCACAAGUAAUGGAAGAGCUGUACUUUGUAACCUUGGUAGCUCACUGUGGAGUCAUGCUGGAUCCCAUUGGUAUCCAACAGGAACGUGUGACAAUGGUGAUGUUAGCAUGGCUGCUGAUGGAACCAUCUGGACAACAGGAGUGCCAACAGGCCAGGCGAAUCCCGGACUGAUCCGCAAAUCCACGAAAAUGUUGUCCCAUUCCACCAGUUGGGCGACCCCUAUUCCUGGUCAAACUGGCAUUAGCAUUGCAGCUGUCAGUGCUAACAAGGUCUAUCUGGUGGAUGCUGCUUUUAAUCUUUGGAAGUAUGAGAUCCCAGCCAAGAGAGACGCAACUGGAAUCACUCGGGUGUUUGGUCCACCCGAUACCAGUGCCUUCAAGAGCUAUGAUCAAGCACAAGAAUUCUGCGAAUCGCAGGGAGGAUCUCUUGCUUCUGGAGCUGAUAUCUGCCCUUUGGAUGGUUCUGCGCAACCCUACUUUGGAAUCCAGUCCGGAGAUCACUGGGCUCCGGCUUCGGAUUACCACAAUGCAUGGGUCCAGGUGGGGACGCAUCCAUGGAAUGCUCCAACAUGCAGCCUCCACCGAGAUACUCACAAUGGAGUGGAUCCCGAUUGGGGUCUUGACGGAAACAUGAAGCAAUCUUGGGAGUCACAGUACAUCGUCUGUAACAUGAGGACCGCGGUCUAUGGACCCAGUUACACCACCAAUAUCAAAGGCUAUUACCAAGCGGAUGCCUUCUGCAAGGCUAAAGGAGGAACUCUUGCUUCAAGAUCAGACAUCUGCCCCCUCAGCUUGACCGUACCGUAUUUUGGUUCUCAAACGGGAGACCAGUGGACACCAGUUGCUGAUUAUGGCAAUGCCUGGGUCCAGGUAGGAGUGCAUUCUGUUGCUUCGUCGUGUGGGUUCCACAGGGACACCUAUGGAGAUCCCUGGUGGGGGGUUGAUGGAAAUCUCAAGCAACCCUAUGAGUCGAACUUUAUCAUUUGUGCCUCAAACAGAGUCCUCUUUGGCAAAAACAAGCAAGUUGCUGUCAACACCUAUGACAAAGCGCAAGCUUUCUGUAAAGCAAAAGGAGGAUCUCUUGCUUCUAGUGCUGACGUCUGCCCCUCAGGGGCACGUGCCCUGCCAUAUUUUGGAAUCCCGGAGGGGAAUCAGUGGACCCCUGUCUCUGACUACAAGAAUGCAUGGAUCCAAGUGGGGACUCAUCCUUCCGGCAAACCAACUUGUCAAACGCAUAGAGCUAAUUGGGGAAAUGAUCCUGGUUGGGGUUUGACUGGAUCAUGGGCUCCUGCUUCGAACUACCUUGUUUGCUCCAGUCGUUGGCGCAAGUUCAAUGGGUUGAAAGCUCGAGAUGUUGGUGCUGCAGAUGAUGGAACCAUCUGGGUGAUUGGAAUGCAUCACUAUGGCAAUGGAUGUUAUGCUAUCAAUCGUCACACAGGCACAGAUUCCUGGCAACACAUUAACGGAUGUGCCUACAGAAUUUCAGUGGGCAGCAAAGACCACAUCCUAGUACUGCAGAAAGGAGGAAACAUUUAUAAGUGGACUUAUAAGGGGACUGGUCAUGGCUGGGUGCAUGUACAAAGCCCUCCAGCUCGGGAUAUCAGUAUCACCAAAGAUGGAACUAUUUGGAUGACAGAAUUGGUGGCUGGGAGAGAUUUUGGUGAUGUCUGGCGCAAGCGCCCCACUGAUAGCGCUUUUGUGAGGUUUGGCGGAGGUGGAGACCGCAUUUCUGGUUCCAGUAAUGGCAGAGCCACCGUCUGUAAUACCUUGCCAUCUUUAGGUUCAGAUGUGCUGUGGGUUCAUGGUGGUUCCCAUUGGUAUGGAACUGGUCCCUGCAGCAAUGGCGAUGUCUCCAUGACCGAUAAUGGUGUCAUCUGGACAACAGGAGUCCCCACCCAGGGAAACCCUGGAUUGGCCCACAGGUCCACCUCUACAACAACCCAUGCUACCACUUGGGACAUUCCAGCACAGGGCAGGUCUGGUAAAGAAAUUGCUGCUCUGAACGCAAACAGGUUUCUACUAAUUGAUUCUAGCUUCAGUCUCUGGCAGUAUGAGAUACCCUCCUCUGAUCUUGACUUCAUUCAGCCUACACCAAUGCCAACACCAUCACCAACACCCAAUCCAACACCAUUACCAACUCCUGCACCCACUGUUUCUCCUGCCCCUUCUUCCUCCCCAUCCUCUACACCUAGUAGUCCGCCAUCAUCAUCCCCAUCAUCCUUGCCUAGUGGGUUGCCAUCCAUAUCACCCUCUGAUGUGCCUAGUUUUGAGCCGAGCGCAUCCCCGAGUUAUGCCCCAUCUCAGCAGCCAUCAGACAGGCCGUCCCAAGUCCCAAGUUUGAGCUCUGUUCCCAGUUCACAACCAAGCUCAUAUCCAUCAACUCCACCCUCAUCCAGCCCAUCAUUGGCGCCCUCUGGUGUUCCCUCUGAUUAUCCAACCAUUGCUCCAACCUAUGCCGCGUUUGCUUCCACAGUGGAGCAACGGUGGCAACCAGAGUGGGGGGGCAUCAAAAUGUUCGGACCUCGGAAAACGAGGGCACUGGAUGGUGGAUGGAAAUCUGCGGAAGCCUUAUGCAAUUCUCACGGAGGAACUUUGGCCUCUCUGGCACAAAUUUGUCCUAUGGGGAUGACCAUCGCUGAGCCAGUCAAUGGAAUCCAAUCGACAGAAGGUGACCAAUGGGCUCCUAUUGGAGACAGAGAAGGACAAUGGGUGAAUGUUGGAAGUAGUGAUCAGUACCCCAAUUGUACGAAACACGGUGGAACCACUGGCCAUGGUCAUGAUUUGGGUUGGGGGAACUACGUGUAUUGUGCCCCAAGCAAUUGGUACAAGUUCAGUGGAAUAAAGGUUAAAGAUGUGGAGCAAACAAUUCGAGAUGUUGAUGCCGCAGAGGAUGAUACUAUCUGGGUGAUCUCGAACUACAAAGUAAUGACUGACUGCUACAGUAUCCAUCGCUAUAUUGGAGGUAACACUUGGGAAGAAGUCAGAGGAUGCGCCAGUGGCAUUUCAGUCGGCAGCCGCACUAACAUCAUUGUGACCACCACCGAUGGGGAAAUUCACCAGUGGACCGGGCAUGGCUGGACAUUGAUCAAGAGCCCUGCUGCCAGAGAUGCAAGUAUCACCAAGGACGGCACUAUUUUUAUGACAGAAUUGGUGUCCGGACAGGUCUUUGGAGAUGUCUAUCGCAAGGCUCCAACAGAUAAUGAGUUUGUGUUGUUUGGAGGCACCGGAGGUCGAAUCUCUGCUUCAGGCCCUGACAGGGUUGCCCUCUGCAACACAAUUGAUGACAACAAACUCUGGAGCCAUGGUGGUUCCCACUGGUAUCAAACAGGAACCUGCGGCAAUGGGGAUAUUAGUGUUGCUGCUGAUGGAACCAUCUGGACAACAGCAGUUGCAAGUGGCCAGUCAAACCCUGGAUUACCCCGUAGAUCACUUUCCAUGAGUGUCUCAGCUGCAACUUGGGACAAACCUGUUCAGGGCAAAUCUGGUACCAAAAUUGCUGGUGUUCAUGCGGACAUGUUUGUGAUGGUUGAUUCUGCUGGGACUCUCUGGCAGUAUAAGGUCCCGAUCAUGCCCAGUCAAGCAGGGACGACACCGCUCUUCGGACCUAGCCAGACAUCCAAUGUAAAAACCUACGAGCAAGCAAAAGAUUUCUGCCAGUCCAAAGGAGGAUCCCUUGCUUCCAGUACCGACAUUUGUCCUACCAUCGAUAAUUGGAGCAAGCGCAGCAUCAAAGCUCGAGAUGUUGGCGCUGCAGAUGAUGGAACCAUCUGGGUGAUUGGAAUUCUUGACCAUGGUAAUGGUUGCUAUUCCAUCUACCGUCAUACUGGUGGGGAUUCAUGGGAGGACGUAGCUGGAUGUUCCCACAAAAUUUCUGUUGGGAGCAGCACGAAAAUUGUUGUUUUAAAUAAGCAUGGCCACAUCCACCAAUGGACCUCCAAUGGUUGGGUUUUCCUCACCAGUCCUCCAUCUCGCGAUGUCAGUAUCACCAAGGAUGGAACUAUUUGGAUGACAGAAUUGGUGGCUGGACAGAAUGCUGGCGAUGUCUACCGCAAGCGAACAUCAGAUACCAGUUUUGUGAAAUUUGGUGGCGGAGGAGAGCGGAUUGCCGGUUUAAAUGCUGACAAGGCUGUUCUUUGCAACACAUUGACGGGCAAUCUUCUCUGGAGCCAUGGUGGUUCCCACUGGUAUCAAACAGGAACCUGCGACAAUGGGGAUAUGAGUGUUGCUGCUGAUGGUACCAUUUGGACAACUGGGGUUGGAACUGGCCAAACCCGACCUGGUUUGCCUCGAAGAUCAACUGCUUUUACAGCCCAUCACACUUCCUGGAGUCCUCCUAUCCAAGGCCACUCUGGCGUGAUCAUUGAUCAUGGCGGCAACAUUGCUGCUGUGAGUGCCAGAGAGUUCCUUCUGAUUGAUUCUGAUCUCCAUCUCUGGCAUUAUGAGGCAGACAAGCCCUACUUUGGUAUUCAGCCUGGUGAUCAGUGGAUUCCAGCGGCUGACUACGAAAAUGCAUGGAUUCAGGUGGGAACACAUCCAUGGGGUGCGCCGACAUGUUCGUUCCACCGAGACACACACAAUGGAGUUGAUCCUGAUUGGGGGAUAAAGGAUGACAAGAUGCGCUGGGAAUCCAACUACAUUUUGUGCAACAUAGACAAGUUUAUUUAUGGACCCGAUGAUACCUCCAAGGUGAUUGAUUAUGAUGAUGCCAAGCACUUCUGUGAUUUGAAGGGAGGGAACCUAGCCUCUUUUGACGAAAUCUGCCCACUUCCUCUUGUGAAAAGACCAUACUUUGGUGCUGCUGGUGGUGUCCACUGGACUCCAUUUGGGGACUACCGCAAUGGCUGGGUUGAAGUUGGUGGCGAUGCCGUCGCUGAUAUGUGUUCCAGACACAGGACAAAGUAUGGUGACCCACGAAUUGGGUUAGGACCAAUGUGGGGAGCAGAAGAUGACAAGUUGGAAGGAGAAGCAGACUAUGUCAUUUGCAAGAUGGAGGGUGUUUUUGUGUAUGGACCCAGUGCGACUGCUGAUGUCCAGUCGUAUGCACAAGCCAAGACAUUUUGCGCUGCUAGGCAACUCCUGCUGGCUUCCAGUUCUGAUGUCUGCCCCCCUGAUGGCUCUAACAAGCCAUACUUUGACAUCCAGACAGGUGACCAGUGGACACCGGUCUCAGACUAUGACAAUGCAUGGGUCCAAGUUGGGCUGCAUACGGAAGUUUCAACUUGCAGUUUCCACAAGGACAAAUAUGGUGAUCCUGCCUGGGGUACCAGUGAAGACAAGAAAGAUUGGGAAUCAAACUAUAUUGUUUGUACCUCUUGGUUUCACAAACACAGAGAGGCAACAAGUACUGACAUGGCUGUGUCCAAGGCUGUGUUCGAGCGACGUGAAAAGAUCAACAAACUCUUCAGCAUUCCAGACCACCACCUGCACGGAAGAAUAAGCCGAAGCAUUGCUCGGUACAAGUAUCCCGAUGGCAAACAAAGGAACUUGUGUGCCUACUCCGAAGACGGUUACAACUUUCCCUACAAACUGGCGUACUACAAGAUGUACCCUGAGGAAGGCUGGCUUGAUGUUAAGUACACGACCAAUCUAGAAGAAAUGUAUACUGCAGAUGACCUUCAAAUUAUGAGACCUGUGACUGGAAAUGGAUACUUUUCUGUUGGUGACAUCAUUUGGGAUGGAAAAGUUAAUACAACAGAGAACGGCACAGCUGUUUUGGUCCACCAAAAGAAGGCGCUAAUGGUAAAAGGAAGUGGUUCUGCUUUGACGAAACCCCUCUACUAUCAGAACAUCUUCAAUGCAUCAAUUGGAUCUGAACAAGAGACAGAAGGAGGAGGACUGAACAAUGGUGGAGCAAGUGAAACAAGCACAGAUUUGCUCUCCACAAAUGGAACAGAAAAGGAAGGGCUAGUAGCAAUCAAUAAACCGACCUUGUGGCAUGAGUACAAUGGGGUCACAGUUCGUGAUGUCGGUGCUGCAUAUGAUGGCACAAUCUGGGUGAUUUCGAACUACACCGUAAUGGAUGGUUGUUACACCAUCCACCGCAAACUAGAAGGAGACACCUGGGAGGAAGUCAGAGGGUGUGCCUCUGGCAUCUCAGUCGGCAGCAGCGAGAACGUCAUCAUUACAACGGAAGAAGGGGAAAUAUUCAAGUGGAGUGGUCAAGGCUGGGAUUUGAUCCCAAGCCCCGCUGCACGAGACGCAACCAUCACUAAGGAUGGAACAAUUUUUUUGACAGAAUUGAAAGAUGGAACUGACUAUGGCGAUGUGUGGCGCAAGCGUCCAUCAGAUGGUUCCUUUGUGCUCUAUGGUGGAGGUGGAGACAGAAUUGCUGCUUCGGGGCCCGACAAGGUGGCCCUGUGUAAUUCCUUGCCAUCUUUAAAUUCAGACUUGCUUUGGAGUUAUGGAGGUUCCGAAUGGUAUGUAACAGGAGUCUGCAAUAAUGGAGAUAUCAGCAUCGCUGCUGAUGGAACCAUCUGGACAACAGGAGUCGGAGAAGGUCAAAAAGGACGAGAAAGUGCUGGAUUGGCACGCAGGUCUACCAUAUCAACAGCCAUUGCAACCACAUGGGCUGAUCCCAUUAAAGGACAUGCCGGUGUGAAGAUUGCUGCCAUGAGUGCAGUAGAGUUUGCACUGGUUGAUUCAGACAACAAAUUAUGGCGAUAUGAGAAUCUGGGUCUACGAGUUCCCAAGACUGGUAAUACUCAAGUUUUUGGGCCACGAGAAACUGGAGCUAUCAACAGCUAUGACCAAGCACAGAAGUUUUGUGAGAUGAAGGGAGGAACACUUGCUUCCAGUUCUGACAUUUGUCCCUCUGGAAGCUCAAGCUGGCCUUACUUUGGAAUUCAGGAUGGUGAUCAAUGGACACCUGUAUCAGACUACCACAAUGGGUGGAUCCAAGUUGGGAGUCAUCCAGUUGUUUCAACUUGUAGUCUCCACCGGGACACGUAUGGAGAUCCUGAUUGGGGUCUUGACGGAAAUGGGAAGAAAGCAUGGGAGUCUAACUACAUCCUUUGCAACAUGCAGAUCUUUGUGUAUGGACCCACUGAAACUUCCAAUGUCAAGAGCUAUGAUCAAGCACGUGACUUUUGUGUGGCAAAGGGAGGUUCACUUCCAGCCAGUUCUGAUAUUUGUCCCUCAGAUCGUUCUGAACUUUGGCAGAAGGAGUGGGGGGAGAUCCACAUGUUUGGGCCCAGCGAAACGAGUAGCCUUGCCAUAGGAUGGUCUGCAGCACAAGACUUCUGUGAUUCCCGUGGUGGAACCCUCGCCUCUAUUAAGGAUAUUUGUCCCCCUGAUGGUGGUACCAACUCCACGCCAGUCACUGGGAUUCAGUCAAAUGCCGAUGAUCAAUGGGCCCCAAUUUCCGAACGUGAGAAUCAAUGGGUUAAUGUGGGAAGUGGUGGUCGGUUCCCUGUUUGUACCUUUCAUGGCGGCGCGGCUCCCGAGAUUACUGGACAGGGCCGUCACCAUGGGUGGGGAAAUUACGUGUUCUGUUCUCCGCAUCCUAAGGGUUGGUACAAGUACCGGGGUGUUAGUGUGCGCGAUGUGGGUGCUGCAGAGGAUGGUACCAUUUGGGCGAUUGGUACCCACGACUACAUUCCUGGCAAAGGCUGCUACAGCAUCCAUCGUCACAAUGGUGGAGAUUCAUGGGAGCGCAUUGGUGGAUGUUCACAUAAAAUUUCAGUUGGCAGCAGUACAAACAUUGCGGUUCUAAAUUUCCACGGACACAUCCACCGAUGGACACCACAUGGAUGGGUUUUUGUCCACAGUCCUCCUGCCCGGGAUAUUAGUAUCACCAAGGAUGGGACUAUCUGGAUGACAGAGCUCGUACAGGGUCAUCACUCUGGUGCUGUUUUUCGCAAACUUCCAAGUGAUUUUGCCUUCAGGCGUUUUGGAGGAGGUGGAAACCGCAUUGCCGCUUCAGGCCCUGAUGUGGUUGCCCUCUGUAACACUGGAGCAGGGAAUUUACUUUGGGUUAAUGGUGGUUCCCACUGGUAUGCUGCUGGAUCCUGUAACAACGGCGACGUUGGCAUGGCUAGUGAUGGGACAAUUUGGACAACAGGAGUUGGAAGUGGUCAGACAAGUCCAGGUCUACCUCGCAGAUCACUUACUUCCACUUCAACUGCUACAACUUGGGAAGCGCCUGUACAAGGAAGGGCUGGUCGCAACAUUGCUGCCGUGACCGCAGACAAGUUCCUGAUGGUUGAUUCCGACAACAAGUUAUGGCACUACGAAAGGCCCCAACCCAUCGAACCAAAGCUUGGAGCGCUGCGUGGUGGAAGUCACUUUGUUCCCUUUGAUGACUAUCAUAAUGGUUGGAUCGAAAUUGGCAGUGAUGACCAAUCCCCUGUGUGUACCAAAAAAGCGGAUGUGACCUCCGAGCCAAAAUAUGUUGUGUGCGACUUGAACAGGGUUGUUUUUGGGCAAAGCCAAACAUCCAAUGUGAAGUCGUAUGACCAAGCAAAUCAAUUCUGCAAAUCAAAAGGAGGGUAUCUUGCUUCCAGUGCUGAAAUCUGUCCCAAAUCUGAGCAUGAGAACCACUGGCAAAAAUAUGGUGGAAUCAAAGUCAGGGAUGUUGGUGCUGGUGAUGAUGGAACCAUCUGGGCGAUUGGUACUCAUGACUACAUUCCUGGUAAAGGCUGUUACAGUAUCCACCGUCACACUGGAGGGGAUUCCUGGGUGGAAGUAGGUGGAUGUUCCCACAGAAUUUCCGUAGGCAGCAAAGAUCAAGUUGCGAUUAUCAAUUUCCACGGCCACAUUCAUUUAUGGACCCCCAUAGGUUGGAAGUAUAUACACGGCCCUCCAGCUCGAGACAUCAGUAUCACCAAGGAUGGCACUAUUUGGAUAACGGAAUUGGUGGCUGGUUUUGGCCAUGGUCGUGUCUGGCGCAGGCUUCCCAAUGAGGGGUUGUUUACAAUGCCACUUGGUGGUGCUGGAACCCGCAUUUCUGCCCUCAAUGGGAACAAGGUGGUAUUAUGUAACCAAUACGCAAUUUGGGCGUAUGGUGAUGCUGGGUGGAAAAACACAGGGGGUUGCAGUGGUGGUGAUAUCAGCAUAGCUGCUGAUGGAACCGUCUGGACAACAGGUUUGCCCAUUGGCCAGACAGGUCCUCGAUUGGCCAGAAGGUCAACCGCCUUUACAGUUGACAUUACUUGGGCCCAACCAGUGGAGGGCGAGUCGGGUAUAAACAUCGCUGCUGUCAAUUCCAGAGAGUUCCUGCUGGUUGAUUCCACCAACAAUCUCUGGCACUGGUUUGAAGCAGUUGAACCUUAUUUUGGAGUUCAGACUGGCGAUCAGUGGACACCGGUAUCAGAUGAUAUCAAUGCAUGGUUGCAGGUGGGAGUCCAUCCGAAUGGCCGUGCAGUAACGUGCCAGCUACACCGAGACGUUUUCAAUCAUGCUCCUGGGUGGGGUGUCAGUGGAAGCUGGCAUGAUGCUGCAAACUACAUUAUUUGCAACAUGAGAAUGGAUGUUUAUGGCCCCUCUGAAACAUCCAAUGUGAAGUCCUACGACCAAGCAAAACAAUUCUGCGCAGCUAAGGGAGGAUCACUUGCUUCCAGUGCUGAUAUUUGUCCCUCGGGAGUAAGCAAAGAUCCUUACUUUGGUAAACAGAUUGGUGAUCAAUGGACUCCUGUCAGGGAUUACGGCAAUGCCUGGAUCCAGAUGGGAACCCAUCCAUGGGGUGCUCCAACAUGCAGCCUCCACCGAGAUACUCACAAUGGAGUGGAUCCCGAUUGGGGUCUUGACGGAAACAUGAAGCAAUCCUGGGAGUCCAACUACAUUGUUUGCAAGUCUGGUGUAGAUCCACAGACAAAACUUGUGGCUGCUGCGGACAACAAGUUCCACAUGUUUCCGGAACCACUGCCUGAUAGUUCAAAGGGAUGUGUUGCAUUCAAGACGACAGCAAGCAUGAACCAAUCUUUUGGCUUGUCAUCCAGAGCAGACCUUGUGCAAGAUCCUACCAUGGACUGGUUGUGGGUUGAAUUGGGUACAAGAUGGGGAGCACAUUCGUGGUUGGUCACAAACGGUAAAUUUCUGAAUGUCAUUGACCACAAAGACACCAGCUCGCCUAGAUACAAACCAUCCUUUCUGGAUGGGACACCAAACAACUUCUGGGUAUGCUCUCUGGCGGAAUCAGGCGGACUCUUGUUUGAGAUGGGAACUGGCCGAGAUCCCUCCAACAAGGCCUCCAAGUUUAUCCAAGUGUCUCUUCCUGACACAACACCCGGUGCACGGCCAUUCUUUGGCUUCAAGUCUUACAACACUGAAGAGUUGUACAGUGAUAUUGAGGUGAUCGAUUUGAAUGCAGCACCGGCACCGGCACCCAAGAUUGCAGCACGAUAUCUCCUCGGUGAUUUCAAAUCCAACACCACAGCACCAACAAGCUUCCCCGCAGGAUCUACUUUUUCUCUCAACACCACAAACGCAACCGACAGCACUUCCUCUGUCCCAUCUAGUGCUCCAACUGUCACUCCGCCUUCUCUUUGGAGACCCAUUCCUCCGCCUGGAUACACAUGCCUGGGGCAUGUUUGGACCAUUGAUGAAACUGA